AUGUGUACAGUAUUGCAGUUGACAGAGCGUCUCCUUUUGGAUCAUGCACAACGGCUCCCUGAAAGUAAAGUUCAGCAAUAUCACCGUGCCCUCAUUGCAGUACUGAUGAGUCGGGCGUGGCAUGUUCGAAGACAGGCCCAUCAAACUGUUAAGAAACUUUUGUCCUCUCUUGGAGGGUACAAACUAGCCUAUGGGCUCUUGGAGGAGCUGAAAGCAGUUCUCAGUUCUCAUAAGGUUUUGCCUCAUGAGCUCCUGGUGACAGAGUCAGGAGAGAUGUCUGAGCUGGGGAAAGCAUAUAUCCCUCCUCGUGUUCUCCAUGAAGCACUCUGUGUCAUCUCCACUGUGGCAGGACAGGGCGUGGACUCUUUUGAGACAGAAAAGCUGGCUCUGGAGAUGCUGCUGGUGAGCCAUCACCCAUCUGUAGUGGCAGUACAGCCUGGUCUUUGGCCAGCCCUCCUCAUCAAGAUGAAGAUAGACCCUAAGGACUUUGUUACCAAACACCUGAAUGACAUAUUACCCAAAAUCACUGCUUAUACUUCAGAGACCCAGUCCUCCAUGAAUGCAGUAGGAUCUCUCUCUCUACUAUCACCUGGCAGAGUGCUCCCACAGCUCAUCAGCACCAUCUCAGCAUCUCUGCAGAAUCCAGCUCUCUGCCAGGUUACUCGAGAGGAAUAUGCCAUCAUGAAGACUCCAGAGGGAGAACUGUAUGACAAGUCAAUAAUACAGAGUGCUCAACAGGAUAGUAUGAAAAAGACUAAUAUGAAGAGGGAGAAUAAAGCUUAUUCUUUCAAAGAACAGAUCAUUGAGCUGGAGCUGAAGGAGGAGAUAAAGAAGAAGAAGGGAAUAAAGGAUGAGGUACAACUGACUAGCAAGCAGAAGGAACUGAUGCAUGCACAGUUGGAAAAGGAGUCUCAGAUCAGGAAACGGCUAAAGGAGCUCGAUAAUGAACUGGAAACAGCUUUAGGCAUCCUGGACACUGUUAUAAAGAGAAAGCCUCCUGGUCUAACUCAGUACAUCCCGGGUCUCGUCGGUUCCUUCUUGCCACUUCUAAGAUCCCCACUGGCUGCUCCAAGGAUUAAGGAUCCUUUUCUUUCCUUAGCUUCCUGCGUUAUGCCUGCUCGACUGAAAACCUUUGGUACUUUAGUAAGCCAUGUGACCUUGCGCCUGAUAAAACCAGAAUGUGAAUUAGAUGAAUCCUGGUGCCAAGAAGAGCUGCCUACUGCAAUUAACAGAGUUGUUAGUUUGCUGCAUGCCCACACAAUCCCUAGCCGGACAGGCAAGGGAGAGCCAGGUGCUGCCCCCUUAUCAGCUCCAGCAUUUUCCAUAGUCUUCCCUCUCCUAAAGACUGUUCUGACUGAGACACCCUAUGACAGUGAAGAGCAGGAAGAGUUUCUGGUCAAGAUUCUGCAGGUCCUCUUGGUCCAUGCUCAGCUGAGAUCAUCGGCAAAGGGCCAGUCUUUGCUGGUGGAUGAGAAUGGCCCGGAGCUGCUGCCCCGGAGGGAUAUGCUGCUUUUGCUGACCAGAGUGAUUUCAAUGGGAUCUCCACGGUUACAGGUUUUGGCUUCCAAUGCACUUAUGACCCUGUGCGCCAGCAGCAGUGGGGAGGAUGGCUGUGCUUAUGCAGAGCAGGAAGAGAUUGAUGUUUUACUUCAGGCCCUGCAAUCUCCAUGCAUGAAUGUUCGAGAUGCAGCUCUCAGGGGACUGAUGGAGCUGCAGAUGGUUCUGCCAACACCAGACAGUGAUGAAAAGAAUGGAUUGAAUCUGUUGCGUCGUCUUUGGGUAGUGAAAUUUGAUGUGGAAGAUGAGAUUCAGAAGCUGGCAGAGAGGUUGUGGGAAUCCAUGGGUCUGGAGCUGCAGCCUGAUCUCUGUUCCCUACUCAUCAAAGAUGUCAUCUACCAUGAAGAAGCUGUGCGACAAGCGGGUGCUGAAGCUCUUUCCAGAGCUGUAGCUCAAUAUCAGAACCAAGCAGCAGAGGUCAUGAGUAAACUGACAGAGAUUUAUCAGGAGAAGCUGUAUAGGCCACCUCCGGUUUUAGAUGCUCUGGGACGAGUGAUAUCGGAAUCGCCACCUGACCAGUGGGAAGCAAGGUGUGGCAUAGCCUUGGCCCUCAACAAGCUCUCGCAGCAUCUGGACAGCUCGCAGGUGAAGCCCCUUUUCCAGUUCUUUGUGCCAGAUGCCCUGAAUGAUCGCAAUCCUGAGGUCAGAAAGUGCAUGUUAGAUGCAGCUCUGUCAACACUCAACACUCAUGGCAAGGACAGUGUUAACUCUCUCUUGCCAGUGUUCGAAGAAUUCCUGAAAGAUGCUCCUAAUGAUGCCAGUUAUGAUGCUGUCAGACAGAGCGUGGUCAUUCUGAUGGGUUCACUGGCAAAACAUCUGGACAAGAGUGACCCUAAAGUGAAACCAAUUGUUGGCAAACUGAUAGCAGCCUUGUCCACACCAUCUCAGCAGGUUCAAGAAUCAGUGGCAAGCUGCCUACCACCACUGGUGCCUGCAAUUAAGGAGGAUGCAGGAGGAAUGAUUCAGAAGCUAAUGCAGCUGCUUUUGGAAUCCGAUAAAUAUGCUGAGCGCAAAGGUGCCGCGUAUGGGCUGGCAGGCCUGGUGAAAGGCCUCGGCAUCCUGUCCCUCAAACAGCAGGAGAUGAUGACCACUUUGACUGAUGCUAUCCAGGACAAGAAGAACUUCCGUCGGCGAGAGGGGGCUCUGUUUGCCUUUGAGAUGCUCUGCAACAUGCUAGGGAAGCUCUUUGAGCCUUACGUGGUUCAUGUGCUACCCCACUUGCUGCUUUGUUUUGGAGAUGGAAAUCAGUAUGUGCGAGAGGCUGCAGAUGACUGUGCAAAAGCAGUGAUGAGCAACUUGAGUACUCAUGGAGUGAAGCUGGUUUUGCCGUCACUUCUCGCAGCACUAGAAGAAGAAUCUUGGAGAACCAAAGCUGGGUCAGUGGAACUGCUGGGAGCUAUGGCAUACUGUGCCCCCAAACAGCUCUCUUCUUGCUUGCCCAAUAUUGUGCCAAAACUUACUGAAGUGCUCACGGAUUCCCAUGUGAAGGUGCAGAAAGCAGGUCAGCAAGCCCUCAGGCAGAUUGGGUCUGUCAUCAGGAAUCCAGAAAUCCUUGCAAUUGCUCCAGUUCUUUUGGAUGCCCUCACUGACCCCUCCCGGAAGACCCAGAAGUGUCUGCAGACCCUGCUGGAUACCAAAUUUGUCCAUUUCAUCGAUGCUCCGUCCUUAGCACUUAUCAUGCCAAUUGUCCAGAGAGCUUUUCAGGAUCGUUCCACGGACACCAGGAAAAUGGCCGCCCAGAUCAUUGGGAACAUGUACUCCCUGACGGAUCAGAAGGAUUUGGCUCCUUACCUGCCUAGUGUCACUCCUGGACUGAAAGCAUCUCUGUUGGAUCCUGUGCCUGAAGUGCGAACGGUGUCUGCAAAGGCGCUGGGAGCCAUGGUGAAGGGCAUGGGAGAGUCAUGCUUUGAGGACUUGUUGCCAUGGCUGAUGGAGACACUAACAUAUGAACAGAGCUCAGUGGAUCGAUCUGGUGCUGCUCAGGGUCUGGCUGAAGUCAUGGCUGGUUUAGGGGUAGAAAAGCUGGAGAAACUUAUGCCAGAGAUUGUAGCUACUGCCAGCAAAGUGGAUAUUGCUCCACAUGUAAGGGAUGGUUACAUCAUGAUGUUCAAUUACCUGCCCAUUACCUUUGGAGACAAGUUCACUCCCUAUGUUGGUCCCAUCAUCCCCUGUAUCCUUAAGGCACUGGCAGAUGAGAAUGAGUUUGUGCGGGACACUGCCCUGCGUGCUGGCCAGAGAAUCAUAAGCAUGUAUGCGGAGACUGCCAUUGCACUGCUGCUGCCACAGCUUGAGCAGGGCCUGUUUGAUGACUUGUGGAGGAUCAGGUUUAGCUCAGUUCAGCUUCUUGGAGAUCUUUUAUUCCAUAUCUCAGGAGUUACUGGAAAAAUGACUACGGAAACUGCCUCUGAGGAUGACAACUUUGGAACAGCCCAGUCAAACAAGGCUAUUAUUAAUGCUCUUGGUGUGGAGAGGCGGAAUGGGGUGCUGGCAGGGCUGUACAUGGGCCGCUCUGACACGCAGCUUGUAGUGCGUCAGGCCUCCUUGCAUGUCUGGAAGAUCGUAGUCUCCAACACUCCUCGCACACUGCGUGAAAUUUUGCCAACCCUCUUUGGGCUUCUGCUGAGAUUCCUGGCCAGUACUUGCGCGGAUAAGCGAACGGUUGCAGCACGGACGUUGGGAGACCUUGUCCGAAAGUUGGGAGAGAAGAUCCUUCCAGAAAUUAUCCCUAUCCUGGAAGAGGGACUGAGGUCAGAUAAGAGUGAUGAGAGGCAAGGAGUCUGCAUUGGUUUGAGUGAAAUAAUGAAAUCUACCAGCAGGGAGGCGGUACUGUUUUUCUCUGAGUCCUUAGUUCCUACAGUGAGAAAAGCACUGUGUGACCCUCUGGAAGAAGUCAGGGAGGCUGCAGCUAAAACUUUUGAACAGUUGCACUCAACAAUUGGACAUCAGGCUCUUGAAGACAUCCUGCCAUUUUUAUUGAAGCAGCUGGAUAACAAAGAGACAGCUGACUUUGCUGUGGAUGGUCUUAAACAAGUUAUGGCUGUCAAGAGCCGUGUGGUGCUGCCUUACUUGGUGCCAAAGCUGACUACUCCUCCUGUGAACACCCGUGUGCUAGCUUUCCUCUCAUCAGUGGCAGGGGACGCUCUGACCCGGCACUUGAGUGUCAUCCUACCUGCUAUGAUGUCUGCACUGAAAGAGAAGCUGGAGACCAGUGAAGAGCAAUUGGAGAUGGCGAACUGCCAGUCUGUAAUCCUGUCUGUGGAAGAUGAUGUUGGACAAAGAAUUAUAACUGAAGAUCUCUUGGAAGCUACCCGUAGUUCUGAGCUCGGAAUGAGGCAGGCAGCAGCUGUCAUGCUGAACAUCUACUGCUCCAAGACAAAAGCUGACUAUACUGGUCAUCUCAAGAACUUGGUUUCAGGCUUGAUGCGACUGUUUAAUGAUACCAAUCCCGUAGUUUUGAAUGAAAGCUGGGAUGCGCUCAAUUCUAUCACCAAGAAAUUAGAUGCUGGAAACCAGCUUGCUCUUAUUGAGGACCUACACAAGGACAUCCGAGUUGUAGGGAACGAGGCCAAGGGCGAGCAUGUGCCAGGAUUCUGUAUACCUAAGAAGGGGGUGACUUCCAUACUCCUGGUACUGAGGGAAGGUGUUUUAACUGGUAAUCCAGAGCAGAAGGAGGAAGCAGCAAAGGCCUUAGGAUUAGUUAUUAAGCUGACUUCUGCCGAAGCCCUUAAGCCAUCCGUGGUGAGCAUUACCGGACCACUUAUUAGAAUCUUGGGAGAUCGGUUCAGCUGGAAUGUCAAGGUGGCUCUGCUUGAAACAUUAAGUCUUCUACUAGCCAAGGUUGAAAUUGCGCUGAAGCCGUUUCUGCCUCAGCUGCAGACAACGUUCACUAAAGCGCUGCAAGACUCUCACCGCGCUGUUCGCCUUAAAGCUGCUGAUGCUCUCGGUAAACUUAUCGUCAUCCAUGUAAAAGUGGAUCCUCUCUUUACUGAGCUGUUGAAUGGAAUUCGUUCCAGUGAUGACUCUGCCAUCAGGGACACAAUGCUGCAAGCCCUGCGGUUUGUAACACGAGGAGCUGGUGCAAAAGUAGAUGCUGCAAUCAGGAACAAUAUCAGCACGGUGCUUCUAGGGAUGCUGGGCCAUGAUGAGGAUGCCACCCGCAUGGCCUCAGCUGGCUGCUUGGCAGAACUGUGUGCGUUCCUGUCCGAAGAGGAGCUCAAUACUGUUCUCCAGCAACACUUACUGGCGGAUGUGUCUGGAAUUGACUGGAUGGUGAGACACGGACGAAGCCUGGCACUCUCAGUGGCUGUGAACGUGGCUCCCAGCAGACUGUGUGCCCCCAGGUACUACAACAACGUUCAGGAGAUGAUCCUCAGUAACGCCACUGCUGACAGAAUUCCAAUUGCAGUUAGUGGUAUCAGGGGGAUGGGCUUUCUUAUGAAUUACCACAUGGAAGCGGGAGAGAGCCUUCCCCCCAAGCUCUCCAACCUCUUUAUUAAGUGUCUCCAGAACUCAUCCAGUGACAUAAAACUAGUUGCAGAGAAGAUGAUCUGGUGGGCAAAUAAAAAUCAUCUUGCCUCCCUGGAUCCUCUGACAAUUAAACCAAUCCUGAAGGCACUUCUGGACAACACAAAGGACAAAAACACCAGUGUAAGAGCCUACAGCGAUCAAGCCAUUGUUAAUCUCCUGAAGAUGAGAGAGGGCGAAGAGGUGCUCCAGUCUGUUUCCAGGAUUCUAGAUGCUGCCAGCUUGGAGCUUCUCGGUGAAAGCUGCCGGAGAUCUCUGAGGAAGCUGGCGAGCCAGGCUGACUCUGAUGAACAGAUAGAUGACACUAUUCUGACGUGAU